AUGCUCUAAAAGUUGAGAAACAGAAUUUUCGGAGACGAAAAUAUAAACCAUAACCAUAGCUAGAGUAGCAGCCAAGAUUCCUAAAAGGAUAAAGCUUCCCCUUAGUCUAACAAAAAUAGUCAGUCAUAAAAGAUAAAUAACACGAAGGGAGUUUUGGAAGAGCACACUGGAGCUGCCAACGACAGAUUAUCAUCUAAAAGUCAUCCUAAAUUGAAAUAUAAACAUUCUCUCAAAGUAGAAGACUCUCUUGAUAAAAUUAAUAUCCAUCGCGUUUACAAUAAAAAAGAAGAUUUCACUCCAAUUGGCCAAAGUAUUACUAAUAAUUAGUAUUAAAAUCAUUAAGAAUAAGAGGAUUAAAUUUUCACUUAAUUUGGAAAGAUGUUGAAUGAAAACAUUAUAGAUUAUAGGACUCUCAAAACCAAAUCAUGGAAAGGUAUUCCAGCAGUUUACAGAGCAGUUGUGUGGAAAAUUAUUCUUGAUUACAUGCCACCAAACAGGGAAUUAGCAGAAGAAUAAAUGAAUAAAAUGAGAAACGAGUACUAGUCCUACGUUUAAAGCUAUUUUGAGAAUGAGACAGUAAGACAAAACUUUUCUAAAACAGAACUUAAUAUGAUUAAAGUUGUUGAUACUGAUGUCCCAAGAACUCAACCACUUUACGAAAUCUACAAGGCACCUUCCAUUCAGAAUAUGCUAAAAAGAAUAUUAGUUAUUUGGGGAUUGAGGCAUCCAGCAUGCGGAUAUGUGUAAGGAAUUAAUGAAAUAGCAACUCCAUUCAUUUUAGUAUUUUUAAACUAAUACAUAUAACUUGACUCUAAGUAGAAUUACCCCAUUCCAUCUGGACUUGAAAAUAUCAGCGAGUAAGUCUUGCAAGAAAUAGAAGCAGACACUUAUUGGUGCAUGGCUAAAAUUCUUGAUAAAAUCUAAGAUAAUUACACUAAUGGUCAACCAGGUAUUAAAAGAAGCUUGGAUAAAAUUGGAUAAAUAGUUCAAAAGAUAGAUCCAGCUCUUGCAAACCAUUUUAAAAAUGAAAGAGUUGAAUAUGUAUAAUUUUCUUUCAGGUGGAUUUUGUGCUUGCUAAUCAGAGAGUUUCCUAUUCAGUAAGUUUUUAGAAUAUUUGAUACUUAUUUGGCUGACGAUAAGGGUUUUGCAGUACUUCAUGUUUAUAUGUGUGCUGCACUCAUCCUAAAAUACUCUAAAAAGAUCUAAAAAAUGAAAUUUAAUGACAUCAUUCUUUUCUUUUAAAACCUUCCGACUUAAAAUUGGAGUGAUGAGGACAUUGAAAUGCUGUUAGCUGAGGCUUUUGUAUAUAUGAGUCUUUUUGAGUAAUCUCAAGGACACAUCAAGCCCACAGUGAACUUCAGUUGGCAUUGA